UCAGUUGGAAGCUGCCUUCUCAAGCCUUAGCGAUCCCAAGGGAAAGUUCUACAGACUUACCAAUGGCAAACACACUGCUCAUCAAAAACCUGAAGAAGGAUGCCAAUUCGAUCCAAGUGAUGGGGAACUUGACACGAGGAGCCAAGGGCUUUACCCUCAGCCUGGGCGCAGAUGCCUCAAACUUGCUGAUUUGCUUUAAACCUGACUUAACUAAUGGGGUUAUUCUGUGCAAGUACAAGACAGGUGGAAAGGAUGGUCCCGAGAUGUCAUAUCCUUCAUCCUCUUUCACGCCGGGAACAGCAGCCAAGAUGAGUUUCUCCUUUAUCGGGACAGAAGUUGACACCCAGGUGACCGUGACCCUGCCUGACAACACUCAGUUUCAAUUCAACAGCCAAGUAAAUCUGGACUACAUAGCUUACAUCUUGGUGGAGGGAGACUUCGUGGUCCAAUCCGUCACCAUGGCGUGAGUCCGGUUGAGCCAACCUGUGUCUCUCUUCUGACUACCAAUGAGUCUGCAAAUAAAGUAGUAUUUGAUUCUUGA